UUGAUACAUUUCCAACACUGUGCAGAAGAAAAUUCGAUCAACACUGAGCGACUUUUAACAAGCGAUCGUGCGUGUUCUUCUAACACAUUUUUAUUAGCUUUACUGCUCAAGUUUGAUUUUUAUUGACUGUCUGCAAAUUAUUACGACUGGACACUUGGAUUAAGACGAGAUAUAAGGAGUUUUCGGAGUUUUAAACGUUAUCCUUCCGUUGUUUUCUGCGUUGCCGUCGAUAAUUCGUCGGAAAUUCAUUUAUUUUUAUUUUACGCUGCGAUUUACAGUCUUUAAAAGGUUUUAAUUUACUUCUACAACACGAGCCAUUGUUUAAGAAAGGAUGUCAUCGUCUGCAGAACGGGUUUCCUACAUCGAAAUGAGUCGAGUCAGCACGACUGGCACAGACAUCAGUAAUGAUGAUGAUGACGAUCUACAAGGAGAGAUGGAGCCAAACGCUUUAUUACAGGAGGCCGAGUGGUACUGGGGUGAUGUAACAAGGGAGGAGGUGAAUGAAAUACUCCACGGCAUGCCCGACAGUGCGUUCCUGGUCCGAAAUGCCUCCAGCAAGUUGCCGGGAGAAUAUACAUUAACAGUCAGGAAGAAUGGCUCAAACAAACUCAUCAGGAUCCAUCAUCGAGAUGGGAAGUUUGGAUUCUCAGAGCCUCUGACCUUCAGCUCAGUGCCAGAGUUGAUACUGUACUACAGGCACCGGAGCUUAGCCCAAUACAACACUGCCCUGGAUGUAACAUUGGCUUAUCCCGUGUCCCACCAUAGCCCGGAUCUACUUGUGAAGGAUGAGUAUUUGGGUGCAUCUAGAGAGAAACUUCAAGAACAUCUAAGACUGUUUGAAAAGACAACAGAUUAUGACCAGCUAUAUGAUGCUUACACCACGUUAUUACAGGAAAUCCAAAGGAGAAACACUAUCGAGGCUGUUAACAUGACAGAGAUCUCCAAAGAACAGUGGCGUUCACAAGAGAAUGCAUGCAAGGAAGAAAUAAUCCACAGUGACCUGAAAGAGUGUACCUGCAAGAUGAAAGAGGAGCGAGAAAGAAGUGUGGAGCUCCUGGAGGAAGCCAGCUGGUUUGUGGGAGAUCUCAGUCGAAGUCAAGCAGAGGAGCUGCUCCAUGGAAAACCAUCCGGAGCGUUCCUGAUCCGCAACAGCAGCACGAAAGAUUGCUAUGCCUGCUCUGUAAUGGUCGGCAACCAGGUGAGGCACUGUGUGAUUCGUCAUACCGAGUGCGGCUACGGUUUCACAGAGCCGUUCGAUCUCCACAAGUCUUUGAAGGAGCUAGUUAUGCACUAUCAUUACACCUCUUUGGCACAACACAACCAGGCCCUGGACGUUCGGCUUGUGUAUCCAGUCCACAUGUCCGCUGCUCCUGCCGUUCACAGCUGAGUCUGCUCACCUCACCUGCAACUGGUAUCUUGAUGACGUGCACUAAGGCUGAGCUAGAUUACGCCAUAGUUGGCGUGUCCCUUUGCUUUACAAUUUGUACAUUGUGCAAAGGGUGGAACCAACUGUCAAGGCUGUUGCGUAUUGCACUUUCCAAAGGAGACAGCAUUCCUCAUGGUCAUAAUGAUACUCCAGUACAUGAAGUAUUUGAUGAGCCCAUUGUAGACCUGUUUACGAACAGUAACAAUAGUAGCAACAGGACUUGCUGAGUUUUGUAAUACAGUGAUCCAGCGACCCUCUUGUAAACAAAUCAAUUUUUUGUAAAGGGGUUGUUUUGUGGGGUGGAAUGCAUUUUGUUUUUAUAUAUAUAUAUAUAUAUAUAUAUUUUAAUGAUUUUAUUCUUCAGUGAAUUUUUUAUUGUUAUUAUUAUGUGAAUGUAGCACAGUGAGGUGCAUUUAUUGGUUAUAUUUUUCUAUUUUGGUUACAGUCAGUUCAAAUGAGGUUUGUUUGCCAUAAUGUAAGACAAUUCUUUUUUUUUUUUUUUUUUUACACACCCAAAUAAGGAUUUUAAGUUGUUCAAACAGGUUACAUUUGUUCCAAAGAAAUCCAAAAUGUUACUGUCUGCAAAACCAGUUUUAAAAGGGUCACUUUUUUAAAUGCAGCUCAAAUGAAGAAAACUUGAAUAUUGUUUGAACAGUACAGUAUGUUUCUGUUUUGUCGCAUCAUUUAAAGAGUAACAGAAAAGGUAUUUUUCAGUUCUAGUUUGUGGCAUACUUGUAAUGUUUACUAUUUUUACUAUGCCAAGGCAGUUUAAUUAUCUUAUGGGCUGAACAGCCCAGGCACUUCAUAAACUUCAUGAAUGCAUUGGUUAUGGGGACUGAUGUGAUGCCAGAUCACUCAUCCUUAAGAUGAGCUACUUUCUUUAAGAUCAUUUUAUUUUGAAGUUUCUCAGCAGCAGACCGUAAAGGGAGCUUUUACCCUAAUUUCCUGAGUUUCGGUUUUGCUACAAUGUUUUAUUUAGCAUGCUUCUUUAAAAAAAAAAAAAACAAUUAAUGAGAAUGAGAAUAAGACUGUGCCUUUUUAAAAAAAAAAAAUUUUUUUUUAAUUGAGCAUAUUCAUUUUAAAGUACAUAUCAAACACACUCCAGUUUCAUCAAACUAUGGUGUUUGGUGUUAUAUACAAUUUGGUAAAUGAAGUAAAUUUCAAAUCUCUUGAAAUGUUUAAAUAAAAAUGUAUUCUAUGUAAAAAAAAAAAAAAA